AUGACUACCACCCGCCGCGCCGCCUCCACAAACGCAAACAGCAGCAGCAAAUCCAUCGUGUUGGAACAACCAGACAAAUUCCGCCCGCCGUCACACCCCGCGCGAUUGAACCGCCCGCGAAGGCCACCGGCUGCGUAUAACCAGGGGACGACCUCGGAAGAGAAGGCGAGACAGCAGCACAGGGCCUACCCGCACAUGUUCCCCAACCAGGGCACCUUUAUGCAUUGGUUCUUGACGGACCGGAAGAUUCAUCUCUGGAUUACAAUGGGCACACUCACCAUCCUCGCCUGCAUCACCAUGACGCAGUCCUUCGUGCGCACGUCCCCUUACGCACAUCUUCUCCCCUCAAUUUCCUCCUUCCCGCUGCACCCGAUCGAAUACAUCCGCGAAACGCUAUCCGUUUUGCGCCUACACAUCGAGUACGAGACGCAACGCACAAAUGAGUCGCGCCAGCAAAAGAUCCUAGACGCGCAGAAACGCAGACUAUACCGUCGCGCACACGGCCUCGAGGACCUCAACGCGGACGAGGACCAAGGAAUCGAUGUCCGUGGCCUGGUGCCCUGGGAUGAUGGCCUCACGAAUAAAGAGCGAAGUCAGGGCGGGAGGGAGAUCGUCCUCACGGGGGCCGACAUGAUGAAAUUGGGCAUGCAGCCUGGGGAGCACCAGAUCGAGUUCAUGAAGAGGUUGGAGGCGCAGGGCGACGGCAGCAGGUUGAGGAUGGUCAAGGAGAAGGGCGUCGAUGCCGUGCUCAGGGAGGAGCAGGAGGCCACGAGGCGGGAGAGAGCUGCCAACGGGACCGCCACCAGGCUGGCUGCCGAAGGCGAGUCUGGGCAGGAACAGCAGCACGAAUCCCAGCCUCAGGCCGGGCAACCAGAGAAGAGGCGGAGGAAGUUGUGGUUGGGCAUCUGGUGA